CUCACGCCCCUCUCCGGGUCCUGGACUUGCCCCUGCUCACUCCCUCCAGCCCGCCAUCCCGGCCAGGCACCUGUUCCCGGUCUCGUAGCUGCUGGCGCAGAGCGCGGGUCCCGACAGCGCGGACAGCAGGAGCAGGAGGAGCAGGUCCCAGGAGUCCGGCUUCGCAGCGCACCUGGUGGUGAGCAUCGCCCCCCGGGAGAAGGCAAAGAUAGGCCCAGGAAUAAUGGAGUCCAAAGAACAAGGAGGAAAAAAUCUCAACAUGGAAAAUGACCAUCAGGGCAAGGAGGAAAAGGAAGAAAAGCCGCAGGGUGCUAAGAAAAGGGUGCAGCCUGUGGUCCUGCCUCUUGAAGCUGAAUACUCUGCGCCUCGAGGAAAUCGCAGGCGCUUCCGCAUUAGGCAGCCCAUCGUGCACUAUAGAUGGGACCUGAUGCACAGGGUCGGAGAGCCCCAGGCAAGGAUGAGAGAGGAGAACAGGGAAAGGUUUGGGGAGGAUGUGAGACAGCUCAUGGAGAAGUUGAGGGAAAGGCAGCUGAGCCACACUCAGCGGGCAGUUAGCACUGACCCCCCUCACCAUGACCAUCAUGAUGAGUUUUGCCUUAUGCCCUGAAUCCUGGUUUCCUGAAGAUAAUACGGGGACCCCCUGCUUCAAAAACUUAAUGUUUGUGAUGUACGGUUGUAAAAUUUUGAGGGUGCUUCUUUCAUGUGGAUCUCUUCCUGUGUCAGCUUCUAAUUGCAACUUGUGUUCUUGACUCAGUCUGUAAUUCUUUUGUUAGCAGAGUUUAUCAGUUGCAUGGCAAGAUGCUCCUUACAUAUUGUGAAGUUAAUAAAGCAGAUUAAAAAGGCG